CUUGCACGCAUCGACCGGCUAGCCAUUGAACACAUCCGCUACCGCCCGUACCUCGAUCUCCGUUGAACAACAUACAACCCAGCCGCUUACUUGAAGCACCCACCGCCUCGACAGGCCCUCAAAAACGACGAUCCCGACGACGACACAACAUACCAAUACAACCAUGCGUCUCAACUGCUUUCGUGCCGGUGCAGGCAGCACGCUCGAUCAGGACGAUGCGCCUCGAGCGCCAAGGAAGAAGGGCGGCAUUCGAAGGACAGGAACCGACCAAUCCAACGCGUCGCGUUGCAGCACUGCAUCAAACUCCAGCAUAUCGAAGCUGCCGCCCUGCAAUCGGGAAAGCAAUCCCAAGAUUGAAGCCAUGAUGAUGCCAGUACCUGCAGAGCCACGAGCAAGCCGAUGCCUGCGCUUGAGUCAACCAAAAACAUACAGUAAUAUCGUCGACUCGAUGAAAGCGACUAGAGGCUGCCGGGACUGGAGAAGCUUUGGGGUAUUCUAUGCCGACGAGGUCGACAUGAGCCUGCCCGCCGAAGAUGUUGCUCGACGGAGAGCUGCCGAUUGCGAGAGGAAGCUGCGUAUGCUCAGUCUCUCUUCUCGGGAAGGCCGACCUUCGAUCGACGAGAUUGACAUGAUCGGCUGAAAGCAUUGUCAAGACCAGCGUCGAUUUACACACCGAUCGUCCCAGAGGAGCGGACUCGGCCAUGAAACGGUACCAGAGUCGUAUUAACUGGCCAAAAGCCAACACGCACCAAAUACGACUCGCCUACU